AUUGGUGGAGACAUUGGAAAGUCUUUCCAGGGUUGAGCUUCGAGACCACAGCACAGUGUCCCUGCUGGACAGCAAUUGGAAACAGAGCUUUGCUUCAGAGUUUCAAGGUGGCUGUGAUCAUUUGUUGAGGAAUUGGUUAUUGGAAACAAAAUGCAUUUGGCAGCGGUGAGAACAAAGACCAAUGCAGUUGCCAUUGGCAGGUGGAAGACUCUUUCGACCAGAACUUUAUCAACAACAACAAAGUCACCCCGCACUCACAUCCAAGCGAUUGCUCGGCCAAGCUGUACCCGCACUGCAGCUUCCCGCCCGCUGCUAGCGUCCUCCUCCUCCUCCUCGUCUACAGCGCCUUCUUUCGUCAUUCGUCCAUCUUCUGUCACUCAGCAGGUCUCUCGGUUCCACUCUAUCUCGUCGUCGUCGUCGUCGGUCCCCUCUUCUUCUUCGCCCAGGACUUCCACAAGACCUACAACUACUCGUCAUCGCCCCAAGCUUCAGACUUCCGCUGUUCCUCCCCCGUUUCUUGUUCUUGGAUCCCGCUACUGCUCUGCCCACGCCAGAGCCAAACGCCGAGAAAACAUGACGGACCGCGACAUUCUCCCCGACAACUUCAAGCCCACCCACUAUGAUCUCGAGAUCCGCGAUCUCGACUUCGCCUCGUGGUCCUACAAGGGCACCGUAAGGAUCGACGGUAACCUCGUCAAGCCCACCAAGGACAUCGUCCUUAACACCCUCGAAAUCAAGCUCCUCAACGCCAAGUUGACGGCCGGCCAGCAAUCAUGGGAGUCGACCCAGUUCGCCGAGGACACCAAGGCCCAGCGCUCUACCAUCUCCUUCGCCGAGGAGCUCCCCGUCGCCGACAAUGUCUCCCUGACCCUCGAGUUCACCGGUGAGCUCAACCACGACAUGGCCGGGUUCUACCGCUCCCAGUACAAGCCUGCUGCUCCUGCGGCCGCCAGCGUCCCCCGCGACGACGAGUUCCACUACAUGCUCAGCACCCAGUUCGAGUCCUGCGAUGCUCGCCGCGCCUUCCCCUGCUUCGACGAGCCCAACCUCAAGGCCACCUUCGAUUUCGCCAUUGAGAUCCCCGAAGACCAGGUCGCCCUCUCCAACAUGCCCGUCAAGGAAACCAAGCCUGCCGGCCCCAACAAGAAGCUCGUCUCUUUCGAGCGCAGCCCUGUCAUGAGCACCUACCUCCUGGCCUGGGCCGUUGGCGACUUUGAGUACGUCGAGGCCUGCACCGACCGCGAGUACAACGGCAAGAAGCUCCCCGUCCGUGUUUACACCACCCGCGGCCUCAAGGAGCAGGGCAGGUGGGCCCUUGAGCACGCCCCCAAGAUUAUCGACUACUUCUCGGAGCAGUUCGAGAUCGACUAUCCUCUUCCCAAGAGCGAUAUCCUGGCUGUCCAUGAGUUCACCCACGGCGCCAUGGAGAACUGGGGUCUCGUCACCUACCGCAUGACCGCUAUUCUGUUCGACGAGAAGCUUUCCGAGGCCAGAUUCCGCAACCGUAUCGCCUACGUCGUUGCUCACGAGCUUGCCCACCAGUGGUUCGGUAACCUUGUUACCAUGGAUUGGUGGGAUGAGCUCUGGCUUAACGAGGGUUUCGCUACUUGGGCUGGUUGGCUUGCGACCGAUCACCUCCACCCUGACUGGGAGGUGUGGCCGCAAUUCAUCAACGAGGGCAUGGACCAGGCUUUCCUCCUCGACUCUGUCCGCGCUUCGCACCCCAUUCAGGUCGAGGUUCGCGACGCUCUCGAUGUGAACCAGAUUUUCGACAAGAUCAGCUACCUCAAGGGUUGCUCCAUGAUUCGCAUGUUGGCCUCGCACCUUGGUAUUAAGACCUUCCUCAAGGGUAUUGCCCUUUACCUUCAGCGCCACGCUUACGGCAAUGCCAAGACUGAGGCACUCUGGAACGCUUUGAGCGAGGCCUCUGGUGUCGAUGUGAACACCAUUAUGCGCCCCUGGAUUGAGGAGCUUGGCUUCCCUGUUGUUAGCGUUACCGAGGGCCAGGACCAGAUUUCCGCCAAGCAAGCCCGCUUCCUCUCUACCGGCGAUGUCAAGCCUGAGGAUGACAAGACCACCUGGUGGAUCCCUCUGUCCCUCAAGGGCAAGGUUGGCUCCCAGGAUAUUGAGCCUCUGUCUUUCCAGACCAAGGAGACUACCAUCGACGGCGUCAGCCAAGACUUCUACCUGCUCAAUGCCAACGCCACUGGCUUCUACCGCGUCAACUACCCCGAGUCUCGUCUCAAGACUCUGGGCACUCAGCUCGCUCAUCUCACUACCGAGGACAAGAUCUUCAUCACUGGUUCUGCGGCCGAUCUCGCGUUUGCUGGCAACUCCACCACCGCCGCUCUGCUGUCUUUCGUCCAUGGUCUGAAGAACGAGACCCACUACCGUGUUCUUAGCCAGGCUUUGGACUCGGUCAACACUCUCAAGUCCAUCUUUGGUGAUGACGAGGAAGUCAAGAAGGGUCUCGAGAAGUUCACUCUGGAGCUUAUUGACAAGGCUCUCAAGGAGGUCGGCUGGGAGCCUAAGGAGGGCGAGAACUACAACAUUCCUCUUCUCCGCAAGCGCCUUCUCCUCACUGCUGUCGCCAACUCGCACGAGGAGGUCAUUAAUGAAGCCUUCAAGCGCUGGAACGACUGGCGCGCCAACCCUAGCGGUGCUCCCAUCCCUGCUGAUCUCCGUCUUCCCGUCUACCGUGCUGCUAUCAAGAAGGACCCCGCCAACGCCGUUGCCGCCAUCAAGCACGAGUGGUUCACCACCCCCGCCAUCGACGGCAAGGAGGUCUGCCUCCAAGCCCUCGGCCAGGUCACCGACGAGGCCCUCAUCAAGGAUGUCCUCCUGCCCUUCCUCUUCGACUCUGCGCCCCCCGCUCACCCCAGAGACUCGGUUCCCGGCGCCGAUAUGCACAUUCUCGCUGGUAACUUGGCCGGUAACCGCAUCGCGCGCCCUCUGCUCUGGGCCUACCUCCGCGACAACUGGGACAAGUUCAACGCCAAGCUCGGCGGUAACCCCAUCCUUGUCGACCGCAUGGUCAACGUCAGCUUGCCCAAGUUUGCGGAUCUCGAGACGCUCAAGGAUAUCGAGGACUUCUUCAGCAAGGUCAGCACCAAGGGCUUCGACAGGACGUUGGAGCAGGUCAAGGAUAAGAUUAGGGGACGGGCGUCGUACAAGAUUAGGGAUGCUGAGGUUGUUAAGAGCUGGUUGAAGGCUAAUGGGUACUAAGUUUGAUUAUUAAAUGUAGCAAUGUAUGAUAGGUAGGUAAAUUUUGGUGUUUGCGUAUGCACCCUGGUAUAAGUUUGUUACUGGAAUGUGCAAGUUUCAUGUUUAUUUUGUCAGCCCAGGCUUGGCCGCAAGUGAAGUUUCAGCGGCUUUUGGGGAUGUCCUGUUCGUCCGAUAUUUUCGUCUUGAAUAUUUCAUCCCGUCUCGUCCCCGACCGCUUCUCGAGUGAAUGACGCACUGUUCCAACAUGGAAGUUACGAUGGGUGCCUGAGCAGUGUGGGCGUUCAGGACUGUGGCAGGUUUCAGCCUUUUUAAUUUCCCACACUGGGGAGAGACAGACUCCAAACUAACU